AUGAAGCCAAGCACAACCUCAACAACCAACACCAUGUGUGGAAGCUACUACGGAAACUCUUAUGGAGGCUGCGGCUAUGGAGGCUGUGGUUAUGGAGGCUGUGGCUACGGAGGCUGCGGCUACGGAGGCUGUGGCUAUGGAGGCUGCGGCUAUGGAGGCCUGGGCUGUGGCUAUGGCUCCUGCUAUGGCUGUGGCUUUCGCAGACUAGGCUGUGGCUACGGCUUUGGUUCUGGCUGUGGCUAUUACUACUGAGAGCACCAUGAGAAAUUCACCCUCUGAACCAUCACUUAAUAAUUCAGCAGU